GGAUGGAUCGCUCCGCUGAGCCCGGCCAGCCUGAGCGCUAGCUGACACUGGAGCAGGUUGCUCGCACCACUUGCUCUCCUCCUGUUGGAUGUCAGACGGACGUAGCUUCAAGUUAAAGCUUUCGCCACUGAAAAAAAAAAAAACAACAAAAAAAACAUACACGACGCUAUUUAUUUUUCACCGCAUCUUUCGGAUAGGAAGCGACCCGCUUCCCCUCACCAUGGCUUCCAACUUCAACGACAUAGUGAAGCAGGGGUACGUGAGGAUACGGAGUAAGAAACUGGGGAUCUUCCGGAGGUGUUGGCUGGUGUUUAAAAAGGCUUCUAGUAAAGGACCCAGGAGGCUAGAAAAGUAUCCCGAUGAAAAGGCAGCCUACUUUAGAAGUUUCCACAAGAUCACUGAGCUCCAUAACAUCAAGAACAUCACGCGGAUGCCACGGGAGACAAAGAAGCACGCCGUCGCCAUCAUCUUCUGCGAUGACACAUCCAAGACGUUUGCCUGCGAAUCAGAGCUGGACGCCGAGGAAUGGUGCAAGCUGCUGUGCGUGGAGUGCCUGGGUACCCGUCUCAACGACAUCAGCCUCGGAGAGCCGGACCUGUUAGCAGCAGGAGUGCAGCGGGAGCAGAACGAGCGCUUCAACGUGUACCUCAUGCCCACGCCGAACCUGGACAUCUACGGGGAGUGCACCAUGCAGAUCACCCACGAAAACAUUUACCUGUGGGAUAUUCACAAUGCUCGCCUCAAGCUCGUCAUGUGGCCCCUCAGCUCCCUGCGCAGAUACGGCCGGGACUCCACCUGGUUCACGUUUGAGUCCGGAAGGAUGUGUGACACAGGAGAGGGUUUGUUUACGUUCCAGACCCGGGAGGGCGAGAUGAUCUACCAGCGGGUCCACUCGGCCACGCUGGCCAUCGCCCAGCAGCAUGAGAGGAUGAUAGAGGAGAUGGAAAAGAGCUCCCAGUUUCACUCCAGAGAGACGCUAACCAAGUCCAUCUCCCUGCCACGCAGUGCCUACUGGCAGCACAUCACUCGCCAAGCCAGUGUGGGGGAUCUCUACAGUUACCAAGGGAGUGGUGGAGAGGAAAGACUAACAGACAGAGGAGCAGGGCUGUCGAAGACCUUUAUCCCCCGGGCACAGACGUUCCCCAGCUUUCUGUCUGACGAGCCCGAGCAGGAGGAGAGGAGUCACCGCCACCAAGAAGAGGCGCCGUCGCCCUCUAGUGGCUGCGAAUCCAGUUGCAGCCUCGGACCGCUUCAAUGACAGGAAGCAGCUUUAGCAGCCUUGGACACUCAAGCCGUCACUGUAGAGAGGAUUCAGCAAUCUGUAUAGUGAUACAUGUAAUAUACCUGUAGAAGCUGUAGAAGGAUCCCGGAGGAUUGUGAAGUGUGGCUGCAGAGAUGGCUUCUAAAAGUGCACCAAAAAUCCUCUAGCUAUGUGUUAUUUAAAGUGUUUCUCGUCGCCAUUGUUCUGUUUAACUCUGCAUGACCUUCUACUUUCAAAACAUUUUUAUUUUAUUUUAUUUAUUUAUUUUUUUUUUAAGCAAAGCACUUGGAGAGAAGUUAAAGGCGCUAUUACCCAAAUAUCUGCUGUAAAACAGCUUUAAGAAACUCUUUUUCUGAAGUGGAUGAAAUAACAUCAGGCGUAACCCGGCAAGGUGCUGCCUCAGCAGCCAGUUCAAGAGAAACUCCACCAGUUUUGACACAAAUCCCCCCUCGCCUCCCUACUACUCCCCCAUCAGCUUUGUCGCGAGAAUGUGAAAUCGAUCAAUGCCUCACACAACAAAACAGCUUGAUGUCCAUGGCAGCGAUGAAUCAGCUAAACUUUUCUAAUCGGCUUCAACCAGCAAAAAAAAAAAAGAAAAAAAAAGUCAUUCAUAAAUGGGCUGGGGCGGACCGUCGUGUCAGAGAUGAUAAAAAGCGCAGCCCUCCUGCAGGCUCUGCUUUAAGCUGCUGGCAUUACUCUUCACUACAGCAAAUUGACUUUAAUAGCAUCUGAGCCCUUCUGAAGCUCUGUCUGUCAGAAGUUACUGAUAAGCUGUUCAUUAGCAGAAAGGUGUUAAAAAAAGGGGUCACAUGAUGGGAUGAUGGGUUAUGCAAAUCAGAGAUAAAAUUCAUAUUUGGGGUCCAUAAUAAGCUAAGAGAAUGCUUCUUGAGGAGGAAAACAUGACAUGAGGUAUUCAGGGAAAGUUCUUUUUGAUGUUUUUGUGUAGGUGUAGGAAAUAUUUGUGACUCAGCAGAACCGCAAAUAUGAGCCUUUCCAGGGUUCCAACUGAUGGAGCAUGGAGUUAGGUUUUAUCACUUCCAAGUCCGAAAGGGUAUAAAGAAAUACAUUUAAUAUGAAAAUUUUUUUACGUUUCCAGGACCUUUUCAUCAUUCCAUUACCAAAAGCCUUUUAUCCUGCAUACAAAAAUGUAUGUGCAGCAGAAAACUGAACAUUGAACAUCACCCUGAAUUUACCAUUCUCUAAUGUGAAACGAUAUGAUAGCAGCAUCACACCACUGGGAUUCCUUAACAAUUUUGAAUUGCCCUGUUUUAGUCGAUCCUAUCUAUUCCCAAUCAAAUACAUAAAAGUUUGUUGUAGCAAUGUGAGAAAUUGUGAGAGCUGCUAUUCUGGACUAUUUUAGACCAAGGUUUUAAACAAAUAUAAUAAAGGUCCAGAUCUGACAAGCCAUCAAGUCACUUUUUACUAAAAUGCAGAAUAAGAGCCCCACUUCAUAUGCUUUUUUUUUAACCAUGAUUUGUAGAACAUAAAACCCAGCUAAGCAGAUAUAUUCCUCUCAAAUGAGCACUUCGUAAUAAAGAUAGCAAAAACCUUUUUACUCACUCAAUUAACCAACUCCUCUACUAGUGAUUACACUGACAGAUGCAUCAUGUCAUUCUAACCUUGAUCUGACCAUCUGCGGUGUCAUUGUCCUGCUCUGUUUUGCUCCUAUUUCCUGCCUUUCUUGCCAUCAUUACUGUCAAACAAACUCCUAAAAUAUUGGUUAAAAAAGUUUAGAGAACAUCAUUGAUCCAAGAAUAAAGUGACAGAAAGGCAGGACAGAGACAGAAAGCCUCAAUUACGAAUCCAUCUGUUCCUGCAGCUCCACUGACAGUGUGGCGGUAUAAACGAAUACUUGGUAGGCUUCUGGUGUUUUGGCGGCUUGGAUCAUUCAUUUCAACUUGCACAAUAUGUAUGUCAAACAGAGAAUCAGUCAGCCAGACUUUUUUGUGCCCACGGUAACUGCUAACAAGAGGUCAUUGAAGGAGAAUCGGUAGGUUAACAAGGCAGCGUUGCACUUUACUAACAAGACACAUUUCCUCUUCCCAGUGUUUUCAGAAAAAAAAUUAUUUAAUGAUUCUAAAAAGUGAGGCUAAUGCAAAGUACAUUAAAUGGGAACUUUCUAUUGUAAAAGAAACACCUGGUCUAUUUCUAUUUUCUUGUUGAGUUUAAACACUAAGGGUGUCAAGUAGAGACUAAUGUACAUUUCAGUGAAGUCUUUACCUAUAGCCGCUAAUCUAAACAUAGCAACAACUCUUAAUGAGGAGCCCCUUUGUUAGCUACACGGUACUAAAGGGAGUGAAAAAUAGUUCAAAGAAAGAUACAAUCAGUCUGAGUUGUUUACUGGUUUUGCAAACUCCCUAGAUGUGGUUUAAUGGCCUCUGUGGAGAACGGUUUAGGUUCAAUACUAAUAGUGUGCACCUUUUGGCUAAUUACUAGUGUUAAGAACUGAGACUUUCAUAUAUCCAAACUAACAUGUAUAUGAAUGCCCCAUACAGAUUUUGCUCUGAGAUAAUAGGCACUAACCGGACUAGGGCUCACAAUAGCUUACUUUGAUUUAUGAAACAAACACAGAUUUGUAAAAUCAGUUAGCUACUUCAUGUAGCAUAUUGCUGGGUCUUAAAUUUGUAUUAAGGGGAAAAAAAUUGCUUGUCACAACUAUUUCUCAUAUUGGUUAUCUAUCCAGCACAAGGGCUUCUAAAGAGGCUCAAAAGGAAGCUAAAUAUUGCUCUGUAUUAUGUUCUCAUUGCCAAGCUCAGCUGCCUUGUCAGUCCUAUAGCUAAAAAACAGACAUGGUAUUAAUCUCCUCUAUAUUGCCUAAAACUUUGCUAAGCUAUUUUAAAACAGUGAAUUUAAGUAUUUCAUGUGCUAGUAACAGAAUGAGCGAGAGAAGGAAUGUUAGCAGUGUAGUUAAAAUAUGGUAAUAAUACUAAAUCAUUUUUCUGUUGCAUGAAUCAAAUGUAUUUUUUAAAAACACACAACUCCACAUGACAAAGACCCUAGUGCCUUCAGGUGACCGCAGGUGGUGACAGCCAACCAAAGCAGACACUGGACUCUCUUACGUUUGCCGUUGUUACCUUAGUUUGUGAUUUACUUUGAAAACUAAACAACUUUAGAAGAUUCUGGAAAUAUUCUCGACCCAGUGCUAGGCCAUGUGACUAGGGUUGCAUUUUCUACUUUGCUGUCCACCAUCACCAGAACCUUCCACGAGAUUAGGCAUGGGCUGGUAUGAGAUUCUCAUGAUAAUCUUAAAGAAAAAUAUUAAUUAUCUAGUCACUGUGGAAAAAAAAAUGUUUUACUCAAAUUAACUGAUUGUAUUUAAAACAGCAAGGCAACUCUAGCUUAGAACAGUAGUAACCUUAAAGUGAAGGCUGACUUUUACAUCUGGACUAUAAAUUAUUUUCUCAACCAGAAAUAUUUUUAAAAGAAUUUAAGCAUGAGAAAAAGAAAGAAAAAAAAAAACAACAUUUCGGCUUCAGUUUAACCAGAUGACCUAGCAUACAGGAACAGGUCAAAAAACUCCAAUCACUCCCAAAGAUUUUACUGGCUUCUUAAGAAAAAACAGGAAUGGUAGGCUAUGGCACGACAUUUUGGACUCUGGUAACUGGCCCAUGCCUAUAUUUAGUACAGAGAUUGAAAGUUUUUCUCCUGUUUUGCACAGUUAAGUGGGUAAAAACAAAAUGGUUUCCAUUGACAAUCAAAUGUAGGCUGCCAAGCAGUUUUCUUCACAUUUGAGUCCUUCUGUUGUUGUCGUGCCACCGCUUCAUGCCCACGAAUUCACUCCUAUACCCAAUUAGUUGGAAAGUUACAAGCACAUUUUGUCUUAAGAUACUUUUUUCUUUAUUUUUACAGUUAAUUUAUUUAUGCUUUCACUUUAGGAAGACAUUAUGUUGAAACGUUGGGUCACAGUAGUGCCCUAGUUGUCUUGUUUUAGUUGCAGUGUGGUGAAAUGUAUGUGGAAUAGUCCCUUUCUGUUUGGGGUUGCACUUACUGAAUCGCCUGGAUAAAAGCUACAGCUGAUUGUGCUCAUUUGCCAUUUUUUUGUUGUUUCCUGUAUUCACUUGUUUGCAGAGAUGUCGUUAUGUUUUGUGUUCUCUAACUUUAUAUGUUAAUAGCACUUUGAAUACACUAGUUAGGACUGCAGUUUUCGCAAAUGUACAUAUGUAAUGUUUUUGAUGAACAUAAGGGUAAUAAAUUGAA